UCCAGAGGCGCGGGAGUUUGUGGAGGUCAUUGACGAAUUGCUAGAGGCAGCCGGAAGUUUUUCCUUGGCCGAUUACUUCCCCAGUAUCAGCUGGCUCGACUGGAGCAUAGCCCGCUGCAGACAAGCUCACUGCAAGAUGGAUGCAUUCCUGGACAAAGUUUUGAGCUAGCAAAGACCCGGAGAAGUUCCUGACUUUGUGGAGAUGACGAAGGCACGAGUGAACGGCCCCGAGUACCUCAAAGCCUUGUUCAUAGACUUACUUCUUGGUGGCUCGGAGAAAUCGUCAACCGUGAUUGAAUGGGCUAUGGCCGAGCUUCUCCACAAUCCCGAGUGGAUGGAGAAACUCCAGCAAGAGAUUGAAAGCGUGGUUGGGCGAGAUCGAAUGGUGGAGGAGUCUGACUUGGCAAAGCUGGAGCUUGUCAACGCUGUUAUCAAGGAGACAUUUCGUCUGCAUCCCCCGCUGCCCCUUAUGAUCCCACACACGUCCCUGGAGUCUCGAAUAGUCGCCGUCUUUGAGAUUCCAGCAAAGGCGACAGUGCUCAUCAACGCAUACGCGAUUGGAAGGGACUCCGAGGCUUGGCCAAAUGAUCCGGACAAGUUCAAGCCUGGGAGAUUUGUUGGUAGCAAUAUCAACGUCUAUGGCCAUGACUUUGAGCUGCUUCCCUUUGGAUCAGGAAAGCGAGGUUGUCCAGGGCUUCCUCUUGGGCUGCGGAACGUCCAGUUGGUGCUCUCAAACUUGAUCCAUGGGUUUGACUGGAGAUUUCCAGAUGGAAGGUUGUCCCUUGACAGUGGCCCUGGCUUCAUCAAUGUUAUUACGGAUGUUGUUGUGGCCCAAGUAUUACUAAGGCUUGAGCAGUGUGUCUUUGACGAUCUUAAAACUUAAGUUUUGU